AUGGGCUUACAUAACUGCUAUUCGGUUGGAUUAGUUUCCUUGGUAUCUGGGAUCUUAAUUGGGAAGUACUUAUUUGCAAGUAUUUCUCCUCCUCGUCCAAAGAAGUCGAAGCGCAAUGCAAGCGACAUUUCUGAGACUGAUGACGAAGACUACAGUGAUGAUUCCAUUGCUUCUGAAUACGAAGUGAACUCAACCCUGUUAAAUGAAGUCCCAGGGGAAGUCAGAAUGACUCUCGUUGUGCGCCAGGACUUGAAAAUGGGGAAAGGUAAGGCCGCUGCUCAGUGUCUGCAUGCUACUUUGGCUCUCUAUAAGAUGAUUACCAAUCCAGAAUCGGAAGCUUAUAACGAGCAGAUGGUCAAGAGAUGGGAGUAUGGAAAUGGACAGGCUAAGAUUACUCUUCAAGUACCCAACCAAGAGGAAAUGGACAUGCUCUAUGCACAAGCAAUUUCACUUGGAGUGAAUUCGUAUAUAGUGCACGAUGCCGGUAGGACCCAAAUUGCUGCUGGAAGUGCUACAGUGUUGGGGUUGGGACCUGCCCCAAAGGCUGUCCUAGACCAAAUAACGUCGGACUUGAAGUUGUACUAA